AUGGAGAGCCGCGGUGGCGCGCCGUCGCCGCACCUGCUGUUCGUCACCAGCCCAAUGCAGGGCCACAUCAACCCGGUGCGCCGCCUCGCCGCCCGCGCCGCGGUCACCGUCUCCACCGCCGUCUCGGGCCACCGCCGCAUGUUCCCCUCCCUCGCGUCGCCCGGCGAGGAGGCCGUCGACGCCGCGGGCGUGCUGCACGCCCCCUUCUCCGACGGCUACGACGAGGGGGUCGACCCACGGGUGCACGACAUGCGCUCCUUCGCCGCGCGCGCCCGCGCCGUCGGGCGCGAGUCGCUCGCUGGCGUCGUCGCCCGCCUCGCCGAGCGCGGCCGCCCCGUCACGUGCGUCCUGUACACCUUCUUCGUGGGCUGGGUGCCCGAGGUCGCGCGCGCCGGCGGCGUCCCCUCGGCGCUCUUCUGGAUCCAGCCGGCCGCCGUGUUCGCGGUGUACUACCACUACUUCCACGGCCACGACGCCGUGCUCGCUUCCUGCGCCAACGACCCGGACCGCGACGCCGUCGUCCAGCUGCCGGGGCUGCCGCCGCUCAGGCCCCGCGCGCUCCCGUCCGUCGUGGCGUUAACCUCGCCGGAGCAGCGGGGCUACGAGGUGGUCGGCACGCUGCGGGACCUCUUCGUGGCGCUCGAUGACGAUGAGCACAGGACCAAGGUGCUGGUCAACACGUUCGAUGCGCUGGAGCCCGACGCGCUCCGUGCGGUGCCGGGGCUUGAGCUCGUCGCCGUUGGGCCUGUGGUGCCGGACGGCGCGUCCCCGUCCACCACAGAUCUGUCCCUGCGCGACAACGACGACGACGACGACGUGAAUGGGUACAUGGAGUGGCUGGACACCAAGGCCGCGCGCUCUGUGGUGUACGUCUCGUUCGGGACCAUAUUCGCGGCGAGCAAGCGGCAGGAGCUGGAGACGUUGCAAGGACCCAAGGCCACCGGCCGGCCGUACCUAUGGGUGUCGCGCAAGGUCGCAGAGGAUGGUGCAGAGUUGGACGGCGCGGGAGCGGGUGGCGGCGCCGACGGAGGGCGAGGGAUCAUGGUGGAGUGGUGCGACCAGGUGCGCGUGCUGUCGCACCCGGCAGUGGGAUGCUUCGUGACGCACUGCGGGUGGAACUCGGCGCUGGAGAGCAUCGCGUGCGGCGUGCCUGUCGCGGCCGUGCCGCAGUGGACGGACCAGCCGACGGUGGCGUGGCUGGUGGAGGAGUGCGCGGGCGUCGGGGUUCGCGCGCAGGCGGACGGCGAGGCGGUGGCGGAGCGAGGCGAGCUCCAAAGGUGCGUGGAGACGGUCAUGGGCGACGGCGAAGCAGCAGUGGAGAUCCGAGCAUGCGCGGCAAAAUGGAUGGAGCGGGCCAGGGAGGCGCUCGCCGCCGGCGGGACGCUGGAGAGGAAUCUCCGAGCCUUCCUGUCUGGUUUCUGA